AAACGUCAUGAAAUCUAUUUGGAAGUUAGUGUGUACACUUUUCAGCAUCGUGGGAACUGCUUUGGCACUAACUCUUGAAGGUCGUGGAACAAAUAAACACACAUAUGAAGUUAAAUUGAAAAAAAGCGACACAUAUCGAGAAGAUGACUUGCUACGGAGCUACAUGAAUGAACAGAUAACUAGGGAUGCCAUACAGCUACUAGGUGUAGAUGCAGUGUCAUCAAGUACCAUAUCACUUACAGCAUCACGUUGUAACAGAUUGUGGACUACAUAUUACGGUGAGAUUAUCAUUGGCAAUGUAGAAGAUGAGGAAGAUAGAUUCAAAGUACUUUUCGACACAGGUUCCUCGGAAUUGUGGGUUCCAGAUGAACUUUGCCAAUCGUCAGCAUGUUUAAGUCGCAAAAGAUUAACCCGAGAAGGAUCUUGGUUCCCCAAACACGAUGUACAUGGUAAUUACAUACCCAUUAUAGUGAAGUAUCUCACUGGAGAGAUGAAAGCCAUAGAUGGCAUAUCAGAUGUUAACCUGUUGAAUGGUAUAACUGUCAAAAACGCAAACGUAGGCUUGGCUACACAUAUAGAUAUCCCUAUACUAAUGGAUUUGCCAUGGGAUGGAAUAUUAGGUCUGGGUUUUAUCACAGAUGAUCAAAUAUCACGUGGUUCCAAACCGCUGCUACAGUCGAUACAAGAUGACGAGCUAAUGUACCCAAAUUUUAGAAACCAAUUUGCCUACUAUGUGACAAAAAAUGGAGGUAGUGUAACAUUUGGUGGCUACAAAAAUGAGUACAAAAAAUCACCUGGAGAUGUAUUUCAAUGGGCACCUGUGGCUUCGAAAGGGAGCUACUGGGCAGUAAACCUGCUGUCUGUUGGAUUAAAAGAGUCUGGGUACAAAAACAAUAAAAAUAUCCGGUUAUCCACGACAAAAUGUCCAACUUCAGAGAACUUAUCUCCUACAUCUAACAAUGCCGAUGUGCAGCAAAAUGAUCCUGUAUUAGAUACGGAUGAUAAGGAUCCUUAUAUCGCAAAUGACAAUACAAGGCACACCACUGUCAGUACAACAUCAGAGGAUUCAUCUGAUAUAUCGCAAGAGGAAUUUAUUGAAACUGUAUUUCAUAACAGAUUGGAUGAUACUAAAGUAAUUAUUGAUACGGGCACAUUUCUAAUAUAUGCUCCUCAGAAUAUGAAAAACUUAAUCACAAGCCUUAAUGUAAAUGACUGUGAUCAAGUAAAUAAUCUUCCAACACUGGUUUUUACAUUUGAAGGUAAAGGUAUCGCACAAAAUGGAAUGGUUCAAGUUGAACUUGAGCCAAAUGAUUACAUACUGAAGUUUGUGGAUGAAGACGGCCAGAAAAGAUGCACGCUGGCUAUAACUGUUGAUUACCAAGCAGAGGAAUUACAAUUAAAUGCAUGGACAUUCGGUGAAGUGUUCCUGAGGAAAUACUACACCGUAUUCGACUAUGAUCAGAGACAAAUCGGAUUCACACCAAGUAAACAAGAUAUAGAUUGAAUCGCAACAUUGC